AUCGAACGGCAACGUCACGUCUGAAGUCCACAAUGGCGGAAGAAACAGUUUUAAAUGAAGGGUCAUCCUUCAUGGAUCCCUUUAAAGGCCUUCUGUUGACAUAUUUUAUGCCAGAAACAUGUUACGACGAGUUCUUUCUCAAUUUCAACUUCCUGCACGUACCAUGUCUGAAGGUUGUACUGAGCAAAGGCCUGGGGAUCGGCAUCAUCCUCGGAUCAGUGAUGGUGAAGCUGCCUCAGAUCUUCAAGCUGAUGGGAGCAAAGAGCGCUGAGGGGCUGAGCUUCCAGACUGUGCUGCUGGAGCUGCUGGCCAUCACAGGAACAAUGGCCUACAGUAUCGUCAACAAGUUCCCCUUCAGUGCCUGGGGCGAGGCUCUGUUCCUCAUGCUGCAGACUGUCGCCAUCGGCUUCCUCAUUCAGCACUACGGAGGAAGAAGUGGCAGAGGUGUCCUGUUUCUGGUCGUGUACUUUGCCCUGCUGGUCCUCGUGCUGUCUCCUCUCACUCCCAUCUCAGUGGUCACCUACAUGCAGGCCUCCAACAUGCCAGCUAUCAUCAUCGGCAGGCUGAUCCAGGCAGCCGCUAACUUCCGUAACGGACACACCGGCCAGCUGUCUGCUGUCUCCGUCUUCCUGCUGUUUGCUGGAUCCCUCGCCCGCAUCUUCACCUCACUACAGGAAACUGGAGACUCGCUGAUGGCCCUCACCUACGUCAUAUCCUCCGCCUGUAACGGCGUCAUCGCUAUGCAGGUCCUCUACUACUGGAACUGCUCCCCAGAAGGCAAGAAGAAGAAGAAAAAGAAGAGCGAGUAGGCGAAGGACAGUCGCUAGACUUCAAUCACAGAGCAACGCUUCUCUUUCCAAAUCCAAACCUUCGACAUUCUCAAAGAGGUGUCUUCAAAACUUGAACUAAUUGACACAUGAAAUGCAUGCACAGAGCCGCUGGGACGCGUGGGACGCCCAAUCUGCUGAAUCUGCUGGACAAACACUUUGAAAUAAGGACGUGAACACAACAUGCCGAGCAGAUCUUCCACGUCUUUCCAUGGUUUUGUUGGUGAUGUUAAGCUGUGAGCAGGACUGCUGUGCUGUUAUUACAUUCCUCCUGGCCCUCAUUCCCUCAGGCUGUGUUCACACUGCUGCGUUAAAACGGUUCAUUUCUACCUUCCAGGGCCUCCGAUUACCAUUCUGACCAUCCAGAUUAUUUAAUAAUCAUCUGAAA